UCUGUGCCUUUCCAGGUUCAUUAUUACAAUGAGACCCAUGCUGUCUGGGAGCCACUGAUCGAAAGAGUGGAGGGGAAAGACCAUGGAAUUUAAAGCUUGCUGUAAAGAACAAUCCAGUCCAGGAUAAAAGUUUGAUGCCAGGAGAUGAUUUUAUUGUAAUUCCUGAGCCACAAACAGAAGUUGGUAUUUCUUCAGGAGACACAAUGAAUAUAACAGUAUCCAAAAGUUCUCUUACUGUUUUCAACAAUUUAGCAAAGGGUUUUUCAGAGGGCGCUGCUUCUACUUUUGACUACUCUUUAAAAGACAGGGCGCCUUUUACAGUAACAAAUUCUGUAGGUGUUCCCAUUAAGGUACAGCCCAAUCAUAAUCUCAGAGUGAUGGGCUCCCCUGAGAAAAGUGGUGUUUGUGAUCUUGAUGCUGGUCAGAGUUUGGAACUGGAGUAUGCCAGCAUGGAACCUUCACAUCAAGGGAAACUGUCCAUACUGAGCCGUCAAGAAAGCUCCCUCUUCACUCUGACCUUUGGUAUGCUGCUUUAUUUUUAAAGGCACCUUUGGAAUUGUUGGUGUC